CGAGUAUCUUGAGGGAGGUUUCCAUUCAGCAUGUUUGAUCUGUGUGUUGUAGGGGCGGGUCUAAUCGGUUCCGCGGCCGCUAAACACGCAUCAAGGUCCUCAUCCGUGUGUCUGGUUGGUCCAGAUGAGCCAACGGGAAAGGAACGAUCGUCAACUUCCCAGAGAGACAUCUACGGUGGACAUUAUGACGAAGGAAGAAUCUAUAUGCAAUCAACAUCCGACCCCGUCUGGGCUAAACUCGCACAGAGGGCUAUUCCACGAUACAGCGAAAUAAGCAAGGAGUCUGGGAUUGAGUUUGCUGUAGAUGUCGGCUGUCUGUCAGUUGGAGAUCGAGGUGGAAACUAUAUCACUGCAGUAAAAGACGUCGUGGAAAAAGACCAUAUAAACGCACAAGUGUUGAGUGGAGCAGACGUUCGUUCUCAGUUUCCAUUCUUAUCUAUUUCAAACAGAGACGAGGCGGUGUUCGAGUCGCAUUUUGCGGGAUAUAUAAGUCCUAGAAGACUCGUUAAAGCCCAGAUAGCCAUUGCAGAGAAAAACGGCUGCCAACACAUUCAAGAGGUGGUUCGAAGUGUAACUCGUGUAGUUGUUAAUACCAACACAGACGCUGACUCUGUCAUGGAAGUUACGACCGAUUACGGCAGACGAAUUCUCGCCAGGAAAGUCCUCGUAGCCACCGGUGCGUUUACGGCUUUCAGAAAUUUGUUGGGGGUCGAGGUGUCUCCGGACACCAAACUGUUUCCUCUUGCAGUCACUAAGAUUGAGAUUAGCGAAGAGGAUGCCCAGAAAAUAAAAACGAUGCCGUCUGUGCUUUAUUUUGGUAAAGGAGGGGAUGAUUGGAACAAGGACUACCCCGUGGAUCCCCGGGCACCUGUCGUGUUUUACAUGCUCCCCCCGAUCCGUUAUUCUGAUGGAAAGUAUUACAUAAAACUUGGUCAUUCCCACGACUCGGUCCCAAGGCUGUUACAUACAAGGCCUGAGAUGAAGCGGUGGUUUGAUCAGGGUCCAGAUGCUCAAUUAACGCGACAAAUGGCAGACAUGAUCACUAGUGUAGUCAAAGGUGUUAAGGUACUUUCCUACCAUGGCGACAGUUGUGUGGUAGAUGUUGCCCCUAGCAACAGACCAUAUAUAGACAGAAUUCACCGUCAGCUUGGAAUAGCCAUAGCUGGCAAUGGAUAUGCUGCCAAAUCCAGUGACGAAAUUGGAAGACUGGCUGUAGAACUCUUAAUGAAUGGGAAAUGGGAUAUAGAUGUUCCCAAAGAUUUGUUUUGUGCCAAGUUAAAGUCUGACUGUGGGCAAAGUAAACUUUGA